AUGCCUGUAAACGUGUCUCUGAGUGAUGUUCGGUGGAAUGAGACGCAGCUGUGGGGGUCAUCGCCCUUGGAGCUGGACGUGUUCUACAACCCUGAUGUGGUGAUCAUAGUGAUGUACGUGGUGGUACUGGCAGCCUCGCUCUCCGCGAACACUCUGCUGAUCUUCAUCGUCAUCAAGUUCCAGUAUAUGAGGAGUGUCACAAACAUAUUCCUGGUUAACCUGUCGGUAGCUGAUCUCCUGGUGACCCUGUUCUGCAUGCCAGUACAGAUUGCCAAGUCAGUGACGUUGCUGUGGUACUUCGGCGAGGUUAUGUGUAAGACUGUCAACUUUUUACAAGGAGUGGCAGUGGCAUCUAGCGUGUUCACCAUAACAGCGAUGUCCGUGGACCGAUACCUCGCCAUCACGCAGUCGUUGCGCCAGCCCUGGAUGCCGUCGCGUCGAGGAGCUUGCAGUCUCUUGGUGGCACUGUGGCUCGUCUCCUUUGCCAUCUUCGCACCGCUGCUGGCAGUUGCAGCGGUUGAGAAAGAGGUGGUUCCUUCGCUGAUACGAACUAGAAACGGUUCGGUAUAUGUAGAAAACACCAUCGAGUUCUGCACAGAGAUAUGGCCAGACACCAUAAGAAAAGAGUUAUUCGGGACUUUCAGUUUUAUAUUAGUCUACGCGGUACCUGGCUGUAUCGUAGUGGUAUCCUACUCUUUGAUGGGAAGGAGACUGUGCUCAGUGCUGCCCCCAUUUGACCAAGCGGAGGGCAGUGCCAAUAGUCAACAGCGGCUACGAUUAGUGAGAGAGAGAAAACGAGUGGCUUGGAUACUACUUCUGCUGGCAGUUCUGUUUGCGCUUUGCUGGCUGCCUUACAACAUUCUGCAGCUGCUGCUAGAUGUGAACGCCGUUCGAGAAGAUUCCGUGGCAUUGGUGCUGCCGUAUACACUGCUUCUAGGGCACACGAACUCGGCGAUCAACCCAAUCGUCUACUGCCUGAUGACGCGCAACUUCCGGCGGUCACUGCGCAAGUUGCUCUGCCACGACCCCGGUAACAUACACUCUAGUACUCAUUUUCAUAUGCAAGGCUUGCGUCAAAAGUCCAACACGUCUAGCACGCGCACCACCGUCACCUUCCGCAGCAACAGCAACCAACGGCAGGCGUCCAACGUCCAGCAUGGCCGUGCCAAUAGAAACUCGCUCCGAGACUCCAACUGGAAAGAUAGGGGAAAAGCACAGUUUAUAUAA